AUGAGAGGAGAAUACUGCGUUGGAGGUGCAUCCUUUCUUUCGUUCGUUGCAAUUUUGCUAUUAAUCUUUGUCCAUGUUGGGCAAAUCAGUACCUCACUUGUUCCACAUGGAAUUGCAAUGGCAAAAGUCAACACUUCAGGGUUCGGUCAGGCAUUAAAUGAAUCCAUCCUUAAUCCAAUUGGGGGCCUAUAUACCACCAAUUAUACCUCGCCGCUCGGCGAGCACAAUGGGCUGAGACAAUUCUACGACUUCGGUCUCUAUUCCUAUUGCGCAUAUGUUAACAGCUCUGCUGGAACAUGCACCAAUCGCACCGUUGCCUACAAUUUUGAGCCUUACGCUGCGAUGAAGUCCGAUAUGCUCGCCAACUACUCACAAUAUUCUGAUUCGAUGUUUGUCAACACGACCUUCUUCAACUCAGCCUACCUGGCUUACAAUUCCCGCGUUGCAUAUUACUUCCUCCUCAUCGGGACCAUAUUUGCAACCAUCGCAUUGUUCACCGGUGUAGCCAAAAGGGCACUCCUGUUUUUUAUUUCAACGGCUUCAUCGAUAAUGGCUGCCCUGUUCAUUCUCAUCGGCGCUGCCAUCUGGACAUCGAUCGUCAAAAAAAGCGAGGACAUCAAUACCCUGGAAAUCACACAGAUCAAUGGUGGCGUCUUAUCAGGGGUCACCGUGUCUUAUGGAAAUGGAAUAUACCUUGCAUGGGCUGCCUUUGCCUGUUUGGCCGCAGCUACAGUGCCAUACAUGGUUAGCUGUUGCACAUUUCGAGGAUGA